GGCGCUCCCGGAUGUGACGUCAACGUUUUUGUCUCUUUUUUUUCCGUCUAUCGGCGGAACUCUAGGCUCUCAGAUUUGGUUGCUGUGUACGUGGAAGAAGCAGGCGCAUGCGCACACGACCCCAUUCGGCUCAGCUGUGCGGGAACCGCCGAAGGUAACAUCCCGGGCUCGGGGGAGGCUGUCGGGGUCAUGGCCACACGCUGACCGAACCAGCCGAGUGGAAAAGGGGAGCGAAGCCUUUCCUCUGCUCCCUUCCCCAGGCCUGAGGCCUUCCCGCUUGGUGCUGCCGCCGCCACUGCCGGCUGAGGAGGGGCGAUGAGUUGGUUCAACGCCUCCCAGAUCUCCAGUUUCGCUAAGCAGGCCUUGUCCCAGGCCCAGAAGUCCAUCGACAGGGUCCUGGACAUCCAGGAAGAGGAGCCGAGCGUCUGGGCCGAGACCAUUCCGUAUGGAGAGCCGGGAAUAAGUCCCCCUGUCAGUGGAGGAUGGGAUACUUCAACCUGGGGAUUGAAAUCAAACACUGAACCUCAGAGUCCACCAAUAGCCUCUCCUAAAGCAAUCACAAAGCCAGUUCGGAGGACUGUGGUCGAUGAAUCUGAAAAUUUCUUCAGUGCCUUUCUCUCGCCAACUGAUGUCCAGACUAUUCAGAAGAGUCCAGUGGUAUCAAAACCUCCAGCAAAAUCACAACGACCAGAAGAAGAAGUGAAAAGCAGCUUACAUGAAUCCUUGCACAUUGGACAGUCAAGAACUCCUGAAACAACUGAAUCCCAAGUAAAAGACUCCUCUUUGUGUGUUUCAGGGGAAACCCUGGCAGCAGGUACUUCAUCACCUAAAACUGAAGGCAAGCAUGAAGAAACUGUUAAUAAAGAAUUGGAUAUGAAGAUGCCAACUGUAUGUUUGAAAGUAUCUGAAGGUGUAAUUGAUGUGAAAACAACUACGGAAAGUAUAUCUAAUAUGUCUACACAGUCUCUCACAGCAGAAACAAAGGACAUGGCUUUGGAACCUAAGGAACAAAAACAAGAAGAUAGGCAGAGCAAUACACCUUCUCCUCCUGUUAGCACCUUUUCAUCAGGUACUUCUACCACCAGUGAUAUUGAAGUUUUAGAUCAUGAAAGUGUAAUAAGUGAGAGCUCAGCGAGCUCAAGACAAGAGACUACAGAUUCAAAAUCGAGUCUUCACCUGAUGCAGACAUCCUUUCAGCUUCUCUCUACAUCUGCUUGUCCUGAAUAUAAUCGUUUAGAUGAUUUCCAAAAACUCACUGAGAGUUGCUGUUCAUCUGAUGCUUUUGAAAGAAUAGACUCAUUUAGUGUACAGUCAUUAGAUAGCCGGAGUGUAAGUGAAAUCAAUUCAGAUGAUGAAUUGUCAGGCAAGGGAUAUGCUUUAGUGCCUAUUAUAGUUAAUUCUUCAACUCCAAAGUCUAAAACAGUUGAAUCUGCUGAAGGAAAAUCUGAAGAAGUAAAUGAAACAUUAGUUAUACCCACUGAGGAGACAGAAAUGGAAGAAAGUGGACGAAGUGCAACUCCUGUUAACUGUGAACAGCCUGAUAUUUUGGUUUCUUCUACACCAAUAAAUGAAGGACAGACUGUGUUAGAUAAGGUGACUGAGCAGUGCAAAUCUGCUGAAAGUCAGCCAGAAGCACUUUCUGAGAAGGAAGAUGUUUGCAAGACAGUUGAAUUUCUGAAUGAAAAACUGGAAAAAAGGGAGGCUCAGUUAUUAUCUCUUAGUAAGGAAAAAGCACUUCUAGAAGAAGCUUAUGAUAACCUGAAAGAUGAAAUGUUCAGAGUGAAAGAAGAAAGCAGUAGCAUUUCUUCCUUGAAAGAUGAGUUUACUCAAAGAAUUGCAGAAGCAGAAAAGAAAGUUCAGCUAGCCUGCAAAGAGAGAGAUGCUGCUAAAAAGGAAAUCAAAAACAUAAAAGAAGAACUUGCCACUAGAUUAAAUAGUAGUGAAACUGCAGACCUUUUGAAAGAGAAAGAUGAGCAGAUCCGAGGGUUAAUGGAAGAAGGGGAAAAACUUUCAAAACAGCAGCUGCAUAAUUCUAACAUCAUCAAGAAAUUAAGAGCUAAAGACAAGGAAAAUGAAAAUAUGAUUGCAAAGCUAAACAAAAAAGUUAAAGAGCUAGAAGAGGAGUUGCAGCAUUUGAAACAGGUCCUCGAUGGCAAAGAAGAGGUUGAGAAACAACAUAGAGAAAAUAUUAAAAAACUAAAUUCUGUGGUAGAACGCCAGGAGAAAGAUCUUGGUCGACUUCAAGUAGACAUGGAUGAACUGGAAGAAAAGAACCGAAGUAUUCAGGCUGCCCUGGAUAGUGCAUACAAAGAACUUACUGAUCUUCACAAAGCCAAUGCUGCAAAGGAUAGUGAGGCACAGGAAGCUGCUCUGAGCCGUGAAAUGAAAGCUAAAGAAGAACUUUCUGCAGCAUUAGAGAAGGCCCAAGAAGAAGCCCAUCAGCAGCAAGAAACAUUAGCCAUUCAAGUGGGGGACCUUAGGCUUGCAUUGCAACGUGCAGAACAAGCAGCUGCCAGAAAGGAGGAUUAUUUACGCCAUGAGAUUGGUGAACUUCAGCAGAGACUCCAGGAAGCAGAAAAUCGAAACCAGGAACUGAGUCAGAGUGUUUCAUCAACAACAAGACCACUGCUUCGACAGAUAGAAAAUUUGCAAGCAACCCUAGGGUCCCAGACAUCGUCGUGGGAGAAAUUAGAGAAGAAUCUUUCUGAUAGGCUUGGUGAAUCCCAGACCUUGCUGGCAGCAGCAGUUGAGAGAGAACAUGCAGCUACAGAAGAACUCCUUGCUAACAAAAUUCAGAUGUCUUCUAUGGAGUCACAGAAUUCUCUCUUAAGACAAGAAAACAGUAGAUUUCAAGCCCAGCUAGAAUCAGAGAAAAAUAGGCUACGAAAACUGGAGGAUGAGAAUAAUAGGUACCAGGUUGAAUUAGAAAACCUAAAAGAUGAAUAUGUAAGGACACUUGAAGAAACAAGGAAAGAAAAGACACUGUUGAAUAGUCAGUUAGAAAUGGAAAGAAUGAAAGUUGAACAAGAAAAGAAGAAAGCCAUUUUUACUCAAGAAGCAAUAAAAGAAAAGGAACGCAAGCCAUUUUCUGUUUCUAGCACUCCCACCAUGUCACGCUCAAGUUCAAUAAGUGGUGUUGAUAUGGCAGGACUACAGACAUCUUUUCUGUCUCAGGAUGAGUCUCAUGAUCAUUCAUUUGGACCAAUGUCUGUAUCAGCAAAUGGAAGCAACCUUUAUGAUGCCAUAAGGAUGGGAGCAGGAUCUAGCAUUAUUGAAAACCUACAGUCUCAGCUAAAGCUAAGGGAAGGGGAAAUUACCCAUUUACAGGUAUUGGAAAAAUUAAAUUUGCUAUGGAAGACAUACAUUUUGCAGGAUUUGGACCAAAGGUACAACACUAUUCUGCAGAUGUAUGGAGAAAAAGCAGAAGAGGCAGAAGAACUUCGAUUAGAUCUUGAAGAUGUAAAAAAUAUGUAUAAAACUCAAAUAGAUGAACUUUUAAGACAAAGGCUCAGUUAACUUGUGAAAAUUUAAUUCCUGUCAAACUGAAUGUAAGCAUUUAACAUCUAAACAUUUAAUGUGGACUUCCAAUAAAUUCUUUUAUAGAAUUAGAAAAUGAGAUUUACUGUAGAGUGUAAAAAUUUUUUUAAAAAUUGUUUUACACUAUGUAGUAAUAUUUACAGUUAAAUUAUUUUGUGCAAUAUUUGAACUUUAUUUUUGAAACUAUUCUUUAAAGAUUUAUUUUUUAAAGCAUUCAUUUUUUUUCCUUGAAUAGCACAGAGAUUUAUUACUUUAUCCUUAUAUCAGUAUGGCUAGGGAAGAAGAAUGGUAUUCAUAUAUGUAUUGCAGAUAUACAACUAGUUGUUUAUAUAAUUUGUGUUUAUAUAUAUAUUAAGAACAUUUAAAGAGUAAUGUUAACAUACUGAAACUUUGAAAUCUUUCACAUUGAAGUUUUCAACAUAUCUUAUUACUCAUGAAAAUGUACAUUAAGUGUUUAAGUAAAAAAUUACUAAAUCUGUGGUUAUUAAAUUUUAAACUAACUUUUUUUCCUUUAAAAGUAAGUCACACUGACACUGUCUGAAAUUUAAAGAGUGAGCGAUUUAAACUUAAAAUAAAUUUUGGUCUGAAAAUUUAUUUCACCCAGCUUUCACAAUUAAGUCUGUAUAAAAUGUGGUACCUUUUGGUACUUAUCCAGAGAAACCUGUACAUAUUCAAUGUUAUCUAGAUGUAAUUGGAUAGUAGAGAAAAUUUAUUUAUAAUGAUUUUGCGAUGGCAUCAGUAACAUUUAAAUGACUUUGAAGAGGCAUUAUUUUACUACCCUAUAAAAAUAAUAAAAAAUAAUAAAGUUCUUAACAUAAUUUA